AUGUCGGAGCUGUCCUUGUCCACGGCCACAACUUCGCGUAAGCGGAAACGCGCUGACUCGGACUCCGAGUCUGACAACGAGGAGGAGAUAGAACUGUGGAAGUCAUUCUUUACACCAGCAGAAGUGUUCAAGCCGAAGAUCUCCCUACAAACUCAGGGGCAGGCGAGCGCAUCGCAGUCGACCAGAAGUCAUUCAGUACCAGAUUCUGCUAGAGAACAAGAACGGCAAAGGUGGAUAGCUUACUUCAAACCUGAUCCAGCGAUCGUUCGAGAUACACCAGUCCCAACGCAGAAUGCGCCCAGCUCAUCUAUAUCCCCUUCAUCGACAACGACGGCACAGAAAGACGAUCACGCUGCAGCAUCAAGUGCAACAACAGUAACACCAUUGCCUGAGGUGCUAAAUAUCAACGUCGCCAGACCUAUUGCGCCCCAUGCUAUCAUCCAGCAGCUCGAAAAACUCAACGAGCUGUACGAUUCGAGAGGCCCGGAUUCGGAUCCGGACAAGCUUGCACCAAUCCAGUGGCCUCGGCCGCGGACCACGCGAGGAGAGCCUAUAGUACGCUACUGUAUUUGCAUGUCCAAGGCAGUACCAGCAGAGCGCUCCAGGGCGGUGUGCUUCGAUCCUGCUUGUACCGUCGUUUAUGGCUGGCAUCAUGACCGCUGCCUUUCAGAGGCCGACAAAAGCUUCCGGCAAACCCAUGAUGCGUGGGUGUGCGGACCAUGCAUCAGUCGUCGCCAGUUUCUUGGCUUCCCAGAGCUAGAAUCGGACAAUGUGCACCAUGACAGGCAUCAGUGGCUCAAAUGGACGGUAGGCCGAUGGUACAAAAGCGUGGGCGGACCGAGGGAGAAUGGAAAUGGCCUCUCCGAGCAUGAGAAGCUUCAGGCGAUUCGCAUUGAUCAGCGACUGAGAGACUGUGGGAAAUGGUUUCUGUAG